CUUGAAAAGGCAGGCGGAAAAGAGCGGAUCUGCUUCAUGGCCCGACCCGUUGAAUGUUUUCCCACGCUGCAGCCAUUUCUUACCUCAAUCUCGACUUCAUGCCCUGAACAUGGUCAUAGUUCUCGCAGUACGUCCGUACGUGCUAUUGCUCGCUCCGCUCUAUCGAUCUACUUUGACCUGCUCUGUGCAAUGUCACUACUAGAGGCUCGUCUAAAACGGUGCUCAGCAAACUUACACUCGAGUUUUGCAUGGACCUUACUCGCACUCAUGUCGGGCGCCAUGUGAUCCGAACUAUACAUGUGCUAUCUAUCCUCUGGCUAUUGC